AUGGCGGAUAACUACACGGAAGUUACAGCGCCCAAGGCGACGACGGCCUUCGACGAGGCCAACAAGGCCGCUGCACGUCUGAUCAAGCCCAGUACACAAGCGCGCUCCUGUCUUGGUUGCAGCCGUUCCAGAGCGUACAAUGACACGGACGAGUGCAAUGCUCGUCCCGUGGCGGAGGACACGUGCCUUAUGUUCCCUGGCCACUCGAAGUUGGAGUGGACGUUCGCCGUGAACGCCUGGAUCUUCGGUGCCAUGGUCGGCUCGUUGUGCUGCGGCCUCUUCAGUGACACGUGCGGCCGCCUCCGUGUCAAACGUUUGGUUGCUCGCUCUGGGCCGCCUCAUCGCCUGUAUUGGGAGGGG